GCAACCUCACGCAGUCCAACAGCCUGCGGGCAAGAAGUAGACUGUAGCGUGGAUUUGAGAGCAUCAGAGUUUAUUACCACGGUUCAGAUGGGAAGAAUACCGAAGAGAAAUAGGUUUCCACCUGUUUGAAUAAAUCUGCGGGAUCUGAAAGAAGGGGUCUACUCACCUGUGUUUGCUGUUGCCUGAACUUUGGAAAGUUUACGUGGCAAUCUUCCCUUCACACUUCAGUGAUUAGGUUCUGAAACUGAGAUGGUGGUGAGAUCCACUUCUUCAUAGAUCUGCCCCCCUGAUGUCCAUGGAAUCUUUGUAACCACAGCAGGUAGUUCCACGUCAUCAAGAUGAUCUCCACCCAGAGACUAUAGUUCCUCCUUCCUCCAUUGGAGGGCCACUGUGAAGAGGGAAGUGGGAGGGUGAAGGAGCCUCCUGUUGUCAGAGAAAGCGCUUCAGAGCCUGCUGGGGAAAGCGAAGGGAACCAUGUAGUGUCUUUUUCUCCACUCAGGGGGAGGGUAGAUUUGAGUUUUUUCCCCAUUGAUUUUAGUGUAAAAGUGUUUUAUGUGAGCCAGAGAAGAGAUGGUCCUCCACACCUCUCCCUACUCUAGUGUCUUCCUACGGUGCCUCAGCAGCCUGUCAUGGGGCUUCAUCUUCCCCUGCUACUGGCUGCUGGACCGCCUGCUGGCCUCCUGCGUGGCAACCUCUCUGGAGAAGCGCCGGCGCUCCCAGGACCCCUGCUCCUUUGUGACGCUGUAUGUGCUGGUGUCCACCCCGCUCUACCUGCUGCUCCUCCUGGCCUCGCUGCCCUUCGCUCUGCUGGGCUUCCUGCUGUGGGCUCCCCUGCAGGCGGCCCGCCAUCCCUAUCUCUACACCCACCGCUGCCCAGACAAGCACCAGGCCGAGCAGGGGGGUGUGGCGUCACUGGCCAACUGGAGGCCGCAGGGCCGCAGCUUCUGCUUUGGCAGUUCCAAUGCGUGCCUAUUGCCAGACUCCCUGGCACGCUUCAACAACCUGUCUGAGACCCAGCGCCGUGCACGCGAGGUGGGCAAGCGCAUCCGUAACGGGGCCAGCCGGCCGCAGAUCAAGAUAUACAUUGACUCCCCCACCAACACCUCCAUCAGUGCCACCUCCUUCAGCAGCCUGGUCACAGGGUUCCGACGCACAUCCUCACUGGGUCAGCGGCCCGACAACACAGUCGAGGCCGAGACCGAACCCUUAACUGCCUGCCCAAUACACACUGCAGGUGCAGACUGCCCAAUACACACCACAGGUCCAAACUGCCCCAUACACACUGCAGGUGCUGACUGCUCCAUACACUCAACAGGGGACCAGGUCUCCGCAGAUUGUCCCGUCCAUGUAGCUGGUGGAGAGAACACACCAGAGUGCCCCCUUCACACUGCUGGUGCCCAGAACAGCUCUGACUGCCCAGGGCACACCACAGGGGCCCAGAACUCCCCAGACUGCCCCAUGCACACCUCGGGGGUCCAGAUCAGUAUCAGUGCCCCAGAGCCAGACCCCCCAGAGGCCGGGACAGGGAAUCACCAAAGAGAAGGUGAUGCAGAGAGUCUGACAGGGGGGGUGCCUUCUAACAACACCCUGUCCCACCGCACCUCCGUGUUCAAGAAGCACACCGGUCGCAAGCGGCGCCAAGGCGACGACGGAUUCGACCACGAGAUCUCUGCCUUCUUCCCUGCCAACCUGGACUUCCUGUGUCUGCAGGAAGUGUUUGACCACCGGGCCACGUCCAGGCUGAGGCGACAGCUGCACCACUACUUCCCCUACAUCCUGAGUGAUGUGGGCCGCUACGCCUGGAAGGGCUGCUGCUCCCGCUUCAAGUUCCUGAACAGCGGCGUCAUGCUGGCCAGCCGCUAUCCCAUACUGGAUGCCCACUAUGAGUGCUACCACAACGGGCGAGGGGAAGACGCCCUCGCAGCCAAAGGAGCCCUCUUUGUCAAGGUGCAGGUAGGCACCUCCCAUCAGGAGCAGAGAGUUGUGGGAUAUCUCACCUGCACUCAUCUGCAUGCCAUUGAAGGAGAUGCAGCUGUGCGUUGUGAGCAGUUGGAUCUGCUCUUGGCAUGGGGGGCGGAGUUCCGCAAGAUGACGUCCCGCCUCUCGGAGGAGAAGGGUCUGGAGGAUCAGGUGGCCUUUGAUGUUGUCCUCGGCGACCUCAAUUUCGACAACUGCUCCUCAGAGGAUAAACUGGAGCAGCAGCAUGCCCUCUUCACCCAUUACAAGGACCCGUGUCGCCUGGGGCCAGGGGAGGACAAGCCAUGGGCUCUGGGAACCCUACUGGACACCAGCAGGCUUUAUGAUGAGGAGGUCAGCUCACCAGAAAGUUUACAAAAAGUGAUGGAGAAUGAGGAGGGGAGGAAGGAAUACUUGGUGUUACCCUACCAUAAAAACCAAUGUCCUAAUCAGAAGGGCAGAAAAAUCCCCCUGAAAGGCAAUGGGAGGAGGAUCGACUACAUCCUUUACAGAGAGGAGGUGCAGCAGGACUGGAAAGUGGACAUUGAAGAGUUCAGCUUCAUCACCCAGCUAGCCGGCCUCACUGACCACCUGUCUGUGGCCAUGCGUCUGGCUGUGUCCACGGGAGAGGAGGAACCUUAGGCCCACACCCUUUUUACUGUCAUGGAGGAGGACAAAGAAUGGGGAGGGAGGAGAGAAAGAGAGAAUGAAAGGGACUCAGGCCUAAGAAAGACAGAGCUUGACAAAGAAAAUAAAUGGAUGGAUGUAAAGAGGAAUAAAGAGAAGAGCAGAUGCAGAGGAGUCCUGUGAUCCAGAGAGAACCUGGUGGAGAACGAUAAGAGUGGUUGUUGUGUGUGUCAGAGGUCUGGACUGGGCCUAAUGUGGACCUGAGAGACUGAGCCACAGACUCACACACACACACAGUUUCAGUUUGACUCACGCACCUACAAGCCAUCGUACUGUAUCACCUCUUGUCCUCGUGGACUAUCAGCUCCUUGAUGAUGGAGUCCCAAUGAUUGAUUUACUAUAAAUCAUUUUCUGUAUUUAGAGACUAUUUUGUUUUUAGGCCUCAUUUAUGUCUGACCUUUUUAUGUUUUUACAUUUUGGCCUCGAAGUGUCGAAUCUUUGUUCUUUAUUUCUCUGAUAAAAAAUGGCAACAUGAGACUUCUCUUGACUCAUGGAGUAUAAAGUGUAGCCUGGCUUUCUAUGGCCCUCUGUGUCUCUCUGUUGGUGUUUGUUCCUCUCUUACCCUAACCUCAAUUCAGGGGGGGAGGGGAAUGAGGAUUUCAGACUUCAAUCCCUCCAUAAGAGACUGUUUGGGUUGGAAGCCUGGUCUCCAGGGCGAUAAGUGUGUUCCCUUGACCAUACAACCUCAAAUACUGCCAAUGCAUUGUUUCUGCAUGAAAUGCCACCCUGCCAAUAUUCACAAAUACACACAUCUCCACACACAUUACAACAGACACAGACACAGUUGGCACUCUUGCCUGCCUCAUUUUUGUUCACACCUUUUUACUCUCUCACCUGUUCUAGCAGUAUAGUAUUGACUCUGUUGCUAUUGCUGGCUGUAUCACAGGACGAUAAGGGAUGUGCGUAUGUUUUCAGGGCUGGCUUUGGGAUAUGUGAUGACCCCAUGUCCCCCUUUAGCAUGGUGCAGUAUUUAUAGAGCUAAUUCCUGGUUGUGGCACAGCAGAGGUGAAUGUUUACACACCUGCUUAUUCGUUUCAGGUCAGUGAGGAAGCCUGGUCAGUCAGAAUAUCUCUGUACUUUACUAGCUAUGUAUGUAUGCACUGUAUGUAUGCCCACUCAUCUACUAUCACCUGGUUGCUUUUAUACUCUCUAAAGCCUCUUUAUUAUUAUCAUUAUUAUUAUUAUUAUUAUUAGUAGGGUUUAUAUUUGUGCUUUUUUAAUACAGUACAUGGCCCAUCUUGCAUCGAUCUGCUUGUUUCUUAUUUAGGAUGCUGCAGUUCCCUGGUUUAGUGCACAAACUCAUAGAGAUAAAAUCCCUGUUGUGCUGGUCUGACUCUCCAGUGCCUCAGCCUCUCUGGGAUUGGGUCUGUGUGAGUCAGGGACUGGGGGGUCAAAGGGCAGGCAGGGGGAACUUCUGUAGCUGCAUGCAGUGUGUAAUGAUGAUGCUUCAUGGCUUCUAGUCUCUCCACAGGUAAUACAUCAUCUUACAAUCACUUUGAUUUUGUUUUCUAUAAUAACUGUUACUGAUGGGUUUUUAUUUCAUUUUACUGGGAAUUCUGCUUUGGGGUAGUCUUGUUUUCUGAGUGACGUGGCAGGGAAUUGUCUUUCUCUUUUGAAGCUUCUUUGACAAACAGCUUAUUUUCUUCUGCUUUAAAAAAAUAAUUUUCCCUCUUUGAA